GAGAACAGGAUCAGCAACUGCAGGGCGGCUGUGCAGGCCUAGGGAUCACCAAAAUCGUGGGCAAUGGCGGCUGUGCAGGCGUCGGUGCCGCAAUGGCCGUCCCUGCAAAGAUGGAGCCCGUUGCCGGGGGAGUCCUGGUUGGCGAAGCCCUUGCGAUCACUGGGCAUGGCGGAUGUUUUUGGUUCUGCAGAGGACUUCGUCCUUCCUUCCAAGAGGCUCAGGGACUGGACGGAGAGCAACGCCAAGCGGCGUCGGACCGGAUCCUGGCACUGCCCGCCGUUGCUGUCGGCACCAAUCCCGGCUGACCAGGGGGGUCGAUCUUUGUUCGCCAAGCCGAAGCCGUCUUCAGCGAGCCGCCUUUCAGGCAGCGCUGGAGGCCUCGCCGCGCCGGGCUCGGCGCUCUCCGCGGUGGAGGAGGAGAGCUCCGAAGAGGAUGCGAAGAGCGAUGGCAGCAACGAAGGGGCCCAAGACGCCAUUGAAGUGAAGGAUGCCGAGACCCUCUGGAAGGUCAACAUCGAAGCGGUCUACCGCCGCAAAAACCCGCCCGGAAGUCCCAGAGACCCCGCCGUGCUGCCGGGGGUGGAAGCCGGCGGAAGGAAGCUGCUUGAGAAGGUCCCGGAGUUCAUCGCCAAGUACAAGGAGAAGGGCACUCCGCUCUCGCACUUGUACGCGAAGGUCUGCCGAACUUACGACUUGGACCCCAAGGUGAUGUGGGCCACGCGGGGUGACGAGGCAGAGCCAGAGAACGAGGACGAGGAUGGUGCCUGCUUCAAAGAGAAUGCCUUCGAUGAGGGCGAGGCGAAGGCCACUGAGAGCUCCAAGCCGACAGGUGCUGCAGGUGCCGCCAGUGCCAGUGCCACCCUCGCCAGUCUCUUUGAGGCGGUGGGUGGAAGCUCUGGCGGGGCAGCCAGCAGUGGUGGCUCCAUCUUCGGGGCAAGCAUCUUUGAUACGAAGGAGAAGGAGAGCACUCAGAAGGCAGACAGCGGCGGGCUGUUCCUCUUCGGUGCCGAAUCGCCCGCGGUGGCGGGACAGCAGCCCCAAGUGCUUCAAUCUUUGACAAGCCUCAAAGUACUGGAACAAGCAUUUUUGAUGCUGCUCAAAGCUCUGGGAGUGCCACCACCAGUAUCUUCGGAGCAGGCGCAGACGGUGGUAGUAUUUUCGGAGCCUCAAGCUCAGGCAGUGGAAGCAGCAGCAUCUUCGGAGCAGCACCCAGCUCAAGUGGAGGCAGCUCCAACCUUUUUGGAGAUGCACCAGGCUCGAACACUGGCAGCUCUAGCAUCUUUGGAGCUGCACAGGGAAAUUCGGGUGGCAAUCUUUUUGGUUCUGGCAGUUCGCCUAGCACCUUCGGUGGACCUCCUGCAGGAGGCGGGCAUGUUUGGUUGA